ACAGCACAGAAUAAAGCUCGGCUCCACUCCAGAGUGAGACUCCACAUCACAGGACUUCACGAGGAGGAACAUGGAGCUGUUCGCCACAACUCUGCUUCUGGGACUGGCACUUGCCCUCACUAACGCAGCACCUGUGCACCAACAGGACUCAGCAGCAGAGGACGGCGAUGCUGCUGUGCCAGACCGAUGUGCAGGUGUAGAGUUUGACGCCAUCACUCCUGAUGAGAAUGGGCACACGUACUUCUUCAAAGGUGACCACCUGUGGAAGGGUUUUCAUGGCCCAGCUCAUCCCUCAAAGAUGUUCUUCAAGGAGCUGGACGAACAUCACCACCUCGGCCAUGUUGAUGCUGCUUUUCGGAUGCACAACCAAGAGGACCAGAAUGUCCACGAUCACAUCUUCUUCUUCCUGAAUAACCAGGUGUUCAGCUAUUACAACCAUACUCUGGAGGCCGGGUAUCCAAAAACUAUCCAGGAGGCUUUUCCUGGAGUCCCAACAGAUCUGGAUGCUGCUGUGGAGUGUCCUCAAGGAGAGUGCAUGACUGACUCUGUUCUGUUCUUCAAAGGACAAGAUGUGUUCAUUUAUGAUAUAGUCACAAAGACAGUGAAGACCAAGACGUGGCACCACCUGCCUGUCUGCACCUCUGCUUUCCGCUGGCAGGAGCACUACUACUGUUUCCAUGGGCACAACUUCACCAGAUUCAACCCAAUCUCAGGAGAAGUGAGCGGCACAUACCCAAAGGACGCCCGCAAUUACUUCAUGAAGUGCGCCGACUUUGGUCAUGGAGGUGAUCGUAAACCUCCUAAAUGCAGCGAGGUCAAACUAGAUGCCAUCAGUGUGGAUAACAGAGGCAGAAGUUACUUCUUUUCGGGGCCUAUCUACAUGCGUCUGGACUCCAGGCGUGAUGGCCUUCACGCCUUUCCAAUAACCAGAGCAUGGAAAGAAGUGACAAACGGGGUGGAUGCUGCUUUCUCCUACACUGACAAACUAUACUUGAUUAAGGGUGAUCAGGUUUACAUCUAUAAAGCUGAUGCCCACUACACCCUGAUUGAAGGCUACCCUAAAACCGUCAGGGAGGAGUUGGGCAUCGAAGGAACUGUGGAUGCUGCUUUCCUCUGUCCCAAUCAACACACAGUUCAUAUAUUCCAAGGAAACAGGAUGCGUGAUGUUGACCUUACUGCCACACCCAGGAUCAUCACCCGAGACGUGUCCUUGCCCUUGUCUGACAUCGAUGCUGGUCUGUGCGGUCCAGAUGGCAUUAAAGUGUUCAAGGGCUCACAGUAUUACUUCUAUGAGAGUCCCAUGGCUUUGGCUACGAGCAGGAUCGCCCCUUUUGCUCAAAACAUCACGUCAGAAAUGAUGGGGUGUCAGGAUUAGACAGAAAAAGAAAAUGAGGAAGUGAGGUAAAUUUAGAUCAUAGACUUGUCAGUUUUUGGAAAAGUUCUCAUGUCUUGCAGUGAAGUUUGACUUUUGUUUGGUAAAUAAAUUCAAUUAUUCAAUUCAGUGACGAUCAUGGGAAAAGUUUUAUCAUUAAACAACCAUAAGCAGAGUGUCUAUACAUUGAGUGUGUAGGUUUGAAACUGAGGUGAACCAAAAUCAGCUAUGAAGAAGUAAUGUCAGAGUUUGGCCACAAGAGGACCUACUGUUCAAAGGCAUGCAUAUUCCCCAACAAAGCUGUGUCCCAGUGGCUUGUUUCUUUUUAAUCAUAAUGAGCAGUGUGACUUCUUGUUGUUGUACUGAUAUGAACCCUGAAGUAUCAUAAAUGCCAUGAUCCUAAAAUGUUUUUUCCCAUAGCUUUCUGAAAUGAUGCUGCUACAUGGACGCCAAUAAACUAUACCCUUCUUUUCUGUCGGUCA